GAGAGGGGGAAGACCUUGGCUAAGAGGCUCUCCCAUGUUCCCCUUCCUAGAGUCCAUUCCCACCAAUCUCAGUGUAUAUGGGGUGGUCUCCUGCCUUCCAGAAGGGUCCCACGACCACAGUGGUAAGAAAAACAGCCCUGUAGCCCUGCAGACGUGAAACCAAGAGCCUUCCUUGGGCAUCUUCCCUUCUACCCACAGCAGGAAGUCACCCCCUGACCCUGUUUCCUUUCCUGCCACCCAUACUCCUUCUCUUCCUCCUCUUCCUCGGUGUGUCAUGGAGACCAUGGACAAAAACCAGGAAGGUGCCACCCUGACCUGUCCGGCGGUCAUCGCCUCCAACCCCAGCUUCAUCUGCGUCACAGCCAAAUCCCCCAAGGGCAGUGCGCAGUUUGUCCUCCCAGAGAUCAGCACCGUCCAGCAGUUCAAGGAGGAACUCUCCAAGCACUUCAACUGUGAGACCAGCCAGCUGGUCCUAGUCUUCUUUGGGCGGAUCCUGAAGGACCAAGACACCCUCCGGCAGUGUGGGAUCAGCGAUGGGAUGACGGUCCACCUGGUGAUCCGGUCCCUCAAGAGGGACCCAGAGGACCCAACCCGACCUUCCUAUGUGCCCAGGGCCUCUGACUGCACCCCGAACCCACCCGACAAUGGAAGUCUCCCCUCCCCAGCUUUCAGCUCCAGCACCCAGGGCCUAUGGAGCCACCCGGAGACCAACCCUUCCAGUGCUGCGUCAGAGUGGCAGCUGGUGCCCACCUCGGAGAAGAUCAUCCAGAAGGUCCGGCAGGUGAUCCUGGCCAAUCCAGAGGUCCAACAGCUGGCCCAGAAGGUGCCAGCCAUCGGCCACAUCCUCAACAACAUGGGCAUCAUGAGGGUGAUCCUGAACAAAAUGAGGGAAAUCAUGGACAUGGCCAAGAACCCAGAAAUGGUGCAGGACCUCAAGAACCCUGACCAGGCCUUGCCCAACCUCCAGAACAAUAUUCCUGGGGGAGACAAUCCCUUGAGGCAACUCAACAGCGACGUCCAUGAACCAAGUUUGAACGCAUCCCCGGAUGCCUUUGUUGCACCCAGCCCUUACGCCACCCUGGUGAGGAACUCCUGCCCAGAGCACUCGGGGUUGAGGGGCCAGGAGCCCCCCACGGAGGAUGCCCGAGACCGCUUGGGCCGCCUUCCCUUCUCCCACAGCACCACCAGCCUCUGCACUAAUGGCAGCGACGACAUCUUCAACAGCCUCGCCAGCCCUCUUGGGCACAGCUUGUCAGUGCCGAACCUCAUGCCCGCUUCUGGCACUGAGAUGUUCAACACUGGGGGCAUCCAGGCACCGGAAGCUGCUGAGAUCCCAAUGCUGAUUGUGAACCUCUGCAAUGCCUACACAAAGCGUGUGAUGUUCUCCCUGAUGCAGAACGCCCUGCUGGCUUCAGAAGGGACCUGGCCGGCAGACCCAGAGAGCAUCCAACAGCAGAUGAUGCACUUCUCCCAACAGAUGCAGAGCCCUGAGAUGGUGGCCGCCAUGUCCAACCCCAAGGCCAUCCAAGCCUGGGUCCAGAUGGAACAGGGCCUGCAGGCGCUCCUGGCCGAAGCCCCUGUCCUCAUCCCUUGGUUCAUGCUGCGGCUGAAGGGGCUGGGCUACUCCACCGGCGGGAACCCUUGGCCCAGCGACUCUCCAUGCCAAGGGCCAGUCAUCUUGGAAUAGCCCACAGGACACCGGGCAACACUGCCUCACUUGCCUGCCUUCCCAAGAGUCAAUUUGCCAGCCCACCAAAAUUCUCCACACACCAAAUGUUGUGAGGCUGAUGGGAAGAAAUGUGGAUGAUGGGUGAAUUGCUCCAUCCCUGCUAAAUUGCUGUGACGCACAAGAAAGAGUCCCAGGGCAUCUAGGGCAAAGCAGGAAUGGGGAGUCUCCUCUCGGCAGCUGGUGGACUCAAAAGGCAACUCUGGUGUGAUAAAGA